UCUUCUCACUCCCAUGUAUCUACUAUUCACCCCUCACGUUAGUGGCAUUGUGUUUGGUUUAAAAGUACACAGGAGCACUUCCACAUACAUAACAAAAACGUAACAAAAACAUAACAAAAAUGUAACAAAACAAACGUCUCCCAAUCCCAGAUAUGCAACCGAGUUGUUCCAGAUGGGAAGAGGCGAAUUGUACAUUGGACGUCGAGUCUAUCCUGUCUGUCGUCAGUGUUAAUGAUCUGAAAUACCGAUUGUGUAAAAAGGCAGACGUUUUGAUCUGUUAUAUAUAUCAGGGGUGUUGAACUGGGAGUUUACGAGCCUUCUAGGGUCUUUUCCCUCACGGAGAAUUAUCCCUUCACCUGUUGUAUUAAACACUACUUGCAUAAAGCUCCUCACGUACAAGUAAAGGUCUUACAAUAUUACAGUUAUUUAAAGAAAAAAUCAGUUGUAAAUGUGCUGAAAGGGUGAAAUGUCAAUCAAAUCAAGAGUCCAUCCCGCGUAAAAUUAAGGGCAUAUAAUAUUAAUAUACUAAUCUGUUUUUCUCGAAAAAUUAAGAAAAUCAAGAUGCCUUGUGAAAUGAUUACUUUGCAACUCGGCCAAUGUGGCAACCAAAUUGGAUUUGAAUUUUGGAAGAAAUUAUGCGCCGAACAUGGCAUUAGUCCAGAAGGUAUUUUAGAAGAUUAUGCGACAGAAGGAACUGACAGAAAAGAUGUAUUUUUCUAUCAAUCAGAUGAUGAACAUUAUAUACCAAGAGCAGUAUUAUUGGAUUUAGAACCAAGAGUAAUUCAUACAAUCAUGAAUUCUCCAUAUUCCAAGUUAUACAAUCCAGAGAAUAUUUAUUUAUCAAAACAUGGAGGUGGUGCUGGAAAUAAUUGGGCAUCCGGUUAUCAUCAGGGAGAGAAACUUCAGGAAGAAAUUUUUGAUAUUUUGGAUAGAGAAGCUGAUGGAAGCGACAGUUUAGAGGGAUUUGUUCUGUGUCAUUCUAUAGCAGGUGGCACAGGUUCAGGUAUGGGUUCGUUUAUGCUUGAAUCUCUUGCAGACAGAUAUCCAAAAAAACUGAUUGAAACUUACAGUGUGUUUCCAAAUCAAGAUGAAAUAAGUGAUGUUGUAGUACAACCAUAUAAUUCUUUGCUAACAUUAAAGAGAUUAACACAAUGUGCAGAUUGUGUUGUUGUGUUGGAUAAUACUGCUCUUAACAGAAUAGCAUCAGACAGACUUCAUAUACAAAAUCCAAGUUUUACACAGAUUAAUCAACUUGUUUCUACAAUAAUGUCUGUUAGCACCACUACACUUCGGUAUCCUUCGUAUAUGAAUAAUGACUUAGUAGGUUUAAUUGCUCCAUUAAUCCCAACACCACGAUUGCAUUUUCUGAUGACUGGUUAUACUCCUUUAACCACAGAUCAAGAAGGAGCGUCUGUAAGAAAAACUUCAGUAUUAGAUGUUAUGAGACGUCUGCUACAACCAAAAAAUAUGAUGGUCUCUACAGCAUUAGACAGAAACGCAUCUCAUUGUUAUAUAUCUAUUCUCAAUAUUAUCCAGGGUGAAGUAGAUCCAACACAAGUACAUAAAUCAUUACAAAGAAUAAGGGAACGAAAACUCGCGCAAUUUAUACCUUGGGGUCCUGCUAGCAUACAAGUAGCUCUAUCAAGAAAAUCUCCUUACAUACAAAGUACUCAUAGAGUAUCUGGUUUAAUGUUAGCUAAUCACACUAACAUAUCAUCUUUAUUUGAUCGUGCCUUACAACAGUAUGAUAAACUGCGGAAACGAGAAGCAUUCUUGGAACAGUUCCGCAAGGAAAAAAUGUUCGAAGAUAAUUUAGAUGAGUUAGAUAAUUCUAGGGAAGUCGUCGAAUACUUAGUAAAGGAAUAUCAAGCCGCGACACGAGUCGAUUAUUUAUCGUGGAAUCCCAAUAAAGCGGAGGCAUAGAAUAUCAAAAUACUUAGGCAAAUAUGUUUAUAAGUGAUACAAUAAGAUCUGUGGAAGUCACCUUAAUUUAAAAAUGUUUCGUUAACAGAAGUUCUCGCACUAAAUAGAUCUGAAAUCGUAUUCUUAGUACAGAAGUAAUACAAAUUUAGAGAUUUUUUUUUGUCAUUAUUUAAAAUUUAAUUAGUCUAUAGAAUCCAAGCUUAUUUCUGACUUUCGUGCAUAAAAUGGAGGUAGCGUAGCAAUUGUAAUAAACCCUGUAUGACCCGGUAAAGAAUGAGCAUGCGUCACGGUAAGAAGUUUCGUUUGGUUUUGCUUUUCACUUUUAUCUUGUUGUGCCAUAUCUUCGUUCACAUGCUAAAACAUAGUUAACAAAUUAAUAUUAGUAUAUUAAGACCUUAAUAUAAUUUUCGGAAAUAAAAAGUACGUGUUAUUCGUACAAUGAUAGUUACAAUAUUUUUCUACAAAAAUGAAAUAACAGAGGUAACAUUCUAUCAAAAAAAAUAUCAAUCUGUAUAGUACUAUUAAAACUAUAUCAAUAGCAUAUGUUGCAACUAUUUGACCAACCUCAUGCUUCAAACAUUCUAAAUCCAAUAUAGGAAGGUUUUUGUAUUGCACAUUUACUUCUCUUUGUAAACACUCGUAUGUAUUUAAUUCGAUGAACCCUUUUGUUACUAAUUUUAGACAAGUACGUUGCACUUGUUCAAUACAAGGAGAAAAAGAACAAAGUUUUCCACCUAAAAGUUAAUUAAUUAGUUCUGUAGUUUUAUUAAAAAAAUUAUGAAAACUAUAUACUUGUUCAUGUCAUAGUAUUACAGUUAUUAUUGUUACUUUGAUUAUAUGAAUUCUAUGUAAUGAAAAAUACUUUUAAAAUAAACCAAAUUAAGAAAUUCUUUUGUACCUGACUUUUUAAAAGCGCAUAAGGCAUGAUCAAUUGCCAACCAUGGAUGUGGGAGAUCCAAAAA